AUGUCCAAGAAGGAUGUGGCGUGUUUCUGGAUCGUACUGCUCCUGUGCCAAGAGCUACGGACCGACCCGAUCGCAGAGAUGGGACCAUCCUCCGGCAUCCUGAUUCAAGAGACACCAGGGUUCAUCUUGACAGAGAAGAGGAUCCUGACCCGACGCGUGUUAGUCAGCUUGGACCCCAAGAUUUCCAUCGAGAAGGCAUACAACAUUUCAUCGAUGCAGCUUCCUGAGUUACAGACUUGGUACCAGAUGCACCUCCAAAGAGCACAGGACCGUGUGCAAAACAUCUUGGAGCAAGCCCGGAAACCAUUUGUAUCCAGUUCUAUUCCGAUGAGCAACAGACCCAAAAGGUUCCUCACUGCUAUAAUUGUUGCAUUAGUUUGUGCCACUGUCGGUGCAGUUGUCGCAACUGGAAUGUCUGCAGCCAACUCUAUUACUGUCCAAAGGUUGGGUAUGGAAAUCUAUGCGCUAAAGCAACACAUUAACGAUAUUCAUCAGGUGAUACAACAGCAAAGAACACUUCUCCAAGACGUGUUAACUAUUGUGGAAGACACAGUUGUUACAACGAAUUUGCAUUCGGAGUUAAUUGCCAAAUCCACUGAGUUGCACCAAAGUCAUGACUUAUUUAAGCGUGAACUUCUAUUUCUACAUGACCCAAUAUUGUUCCACACACUUGUUUUUUUUUUGACGAAGUGCAAACUGGAAUGA